AUGGCGGCCAACCUCGUUAGAAGGACCACCAAAAUCCUGGUCCUGAACCCUAACUCAUCCACAAGAAUGACACAUGGCUUGGAACAGGGUCUCAGACACAUGGAGUUAUCCCAAUCCACCGAGGUUCAUACGUAUACGGCGCCAGGAGAGAGCCCAGAAAGUAUUAAUGACGGCGAGGAUGUUCAGACGAGCUGCCGGGUCGUAAGCAAGGACUUGGAAGCAACAGGACUGCUGCGCCAAUACGACGCAGUGCUAGUGGCCUGCUUCAGCGUCCAUCCGCUGGUAGGCGUACUGGCCGAGAAGGAGGGCGAGUUUGACAGGCUGUCCGUGAUGGGCAUUUUCGAGGCCAGCAUCAUUACGUGCUUGUCGCUCUUGCGCCCGAAUAAGAAAUGGGGGAUCGUGACAACGGGGAAGUUUUGGGAGAGUCACUUGACCCAAGGGGUGAGCCAGUUCUUGGGGACGCAAUCCCAGGAUCUCAGCACCAAGUUCGCCGGAGUGGAAACUACAGGGCUAAAUGCGGGUGACUUUCACGGAGGCGUAGACCCGAAAAUGGUCAAGGAGAAACUGGGUGAGGCGACGGCGCGGCUCCUGUCCAAGGGGGACGUGGAGUGUGUUGUUAUGGGUUGCGCUGGCAUGGCUGGUUUGGAAGAGAUCAUCCGAUCCGUGGCUCUAGAACAGUACGGCUCAAGGUACGCCCGGGAACUCCUGGUCAUUGACGGCGUGAGGGCUGGAGUCGGCUUGCUGGAGCAAAUGGUUCGAAACAAGCGGGCUUUUCAGAAGUCAUAG